AUGAGAUGGAAUAUGAUAAAUUUUAAAGUGAGAAUUUAUAAUUUUUAUUUAAUUAUUGAGAUUCCUUUUGCAGUUAUUUUUUUAUAAUUAGACUUUAUCUCCCUCUAGGAGAGGAUAUUAAAUUAUGACUAAGAAAUUGUAAUAUCGAAUGUUUUUAAAAAAUUGAUAACUAAGAAAAACCUGAAGAAUCUGAUUCUAAUUAAUAUGAAAAAAUUCAGACAGUAUUAGAAUAAGUGGAGUAAGAAAGAUUUUAAAAAAAGGAUUACAUAGACAAUGCGUAUACAUUUAAUUCAAUAGAUUAUACUGAAAAUAAGAGUAUUUUAAGAAAAAAAUAAAAUAAAGAUUUAUCAUUUACCAGUUGAAAUUAAUAUAAUGAUGAUUAAAAAAAUGAUAUACAUAAUUUGA